AUGUCGGAGAAAGAAAUUGCAGCACUUGAAGAGGGAAAUGCCUCAAGUUUUCCCUACAAAUCAAAUGAAAAAACUACUUUCUGUGCUUCAACUGAUGUGGUUUUGAUCAUCCAAAAGGUAUUUGCUGAGGCAAUUGGGACUUAUUUUUUGAUAUUUAUUGGGUGUGGUUCUGUAGCUGUUAACAAAAUUUACGAGUCAAUAACAUUUCCAGGAGUAUGUAUAGCAUGGGGUUUGAUAGUAAUGGUCAUGGUUUAUGCUGUUGGACACAUUUCUGGUGCUCAUUUCAAUCCUGCAGUUACCAUCGCUUUUGCCAUCUUUCGACAUUUCCCUUAUAAACAGGUGCCUUUGUAUAUUGUGGCACAGCUGUUGGGAGCAAUUCUUGCUAGUGGCACCCUAUGUCUAAUAUUUGAUGUGAAGGCCCAAGCGUUCUUCGGGACUGUACCAACAGGCUCUAAUGUUCAAUCUCUGGUCCUUGAAUUCGUCAUCUCGUUUCUGUUGAUGUUCGUCAUAUCUGGUGUUGCCACAGAUAACAGAUCCAUUGGUGAAUUAGCAGGAAUUGCAAUUGGAAUGACAAUACUAAUCAAUGUCCUUGUUGCAGGGCCAGUAUCAGGUGCAUCUAUGAACCCAGCAAGGAGUAUUGGACCAGCAAUAAUUAUGAAUGAAUACAAGGGACUAUGGAUAUACAUAGUUGGACCUCUUUUGGGCACCAUAGCUGGAGGUUUCACCUACAAUCUGAUUAGAUUCACAGAGAAACCGCUUCAAGAAUUAACCAAAAGCUCAACCUUUAUGAAAAGCGUGUCCAGGGCCAGAACAUAG